CUCUCGGGGGGGGGGGUGGGGUCCUUGAGGCGCUGACGCGCGCCGCCAUUGCUGCUGGGAGCGAGUUGUUUGAAUGAAGGCGAAGUGCGCGUCCCGUCCCUCCGCUCUCUCCGCUCCCCUCGAGCCCUCAGUCUGUGUGGCGUUAGCAGAUCAACAAAAACAGACGCAACGUCAAUUUUAAGGAACAUUGCAGAACUAACAAACGAGUUGGUGGUUUGCAUCUGAUUGAAGAACUUCCUGCUUCAUUUAAAACAUCCACCAUCGUUGAUUCCAGUUGCUUUUACACCCGACCAUGUCAGGCAUUGCUUUGAGUCGGCUUGCUCAAGAGAGGAAAGCAUGGAGGAAGAAUCACCCCUUUGGUUUUGUCGCUGUGCCAAUGAAGAACCCUGAUGGGACUCUGAACCUCAUGAAUUGGGAAUGUGCCAUUCCAGGCAAGAAAGGGACUCCGUGGGAGGGAGGCCAGUACAAGCUGCGGAUGCUAUUUAAGGAUGACUACCCCUCCACUCCCCCGAAAUGUAAGUUCGAGCCUCCGCUUUUCCACCCCAACGUGUAUCCCUCGGGAACCGUGUGCCUCUCCAUCUUGGAGGAGGAGAAAGACUGGAGGCCGGCAAUCACCAUCAGACAGAUCUUGCUGGGAAUCCAGGAGCUGCUCAAUGAGCCCAACGUGCAGGACCCAGCGCAAGCAGAAGCCUACACCAUUUACUGCCAAAAUAAGGUUGAGUAUGAGAAGAGGGUGCGUGACCAGGCCAAGAAGUUUUCCCCAGCCUGAGCGACUUUCAAGCACAACUAAACCUCCGCCCACAUCCCAUCUCCCCUUCCACCUAAUCUCACCCCACCUCUCCAUCUCCGUUACACGGCAGUACCUUUGAGCCAGCCAGCGAGGCUUAGACUACAACAAACCGAACCCUUCAAGAAAGGGGGUUGGUUCAGUCAACGGUCAAUGUGAGAAACUGGUCCUGUUUGUGAAGCAGAAACCAAAACAGCAGGUAGAGGGUAUUUGAGGGUAGAAAGUGGCAGUGAUUUGAGUCGAGGUAUCUCGCAUGACUAAGUUCACUUAAAUGUUUUGGUUUGCGUAAGAGGUACUGAGGCUUGUUCUCUAGCUGGAAGACUCACAAGCACACAGAUUUAGGGGGCAUAUUUUUCCAAGGUUUUCCUAAUAAUCUCACACCAGUUCAUCAAGGGCCAACUUUCCACAUCAGAUAUCUAUUCUAUAAUGAAAACAAAAACCAAAUUUCAAAGAGUCGUCAGCCGGUAGAAUUAUCAUGCUGGACUCUUUUAAGGGAAUAGUUAUGCCAAGUAAUUUCCAGUUGCUGCUAGUUGUAACAGCAAGCUGUAAUUGGGAUACAUUUUAAGAUAAUUUAAUGUGGCAAUAAGUCAUAACCUUAAUUGAUGUUCCCUGGAAACAUUAACCGCAAACACAACUCUAGCACAUUAUGGCAACCUACAUGUGAAUUUAACCCCUUCUAGAAGUCCCACAUCUACAACCUGUUGUAUGUGCAGUGUAGUGACUCUUUUUAAAAUAAUUGUCUUUAAGUUUAGCACAGUUUGUCAUUUACCUUGGCUAUGAUAUUUUAAAAAAAAAACGGUAUUGACCAACAUUGAUGCAUUUCACUGCACAUACUGCAUGCAUAAAAAAACGGUUGUGUUUUUUUUGUGGCUAAGCAACGGACGUGUUUAAAAAUGCUUUUUCAUUUUGUCUGCAGAGAAAUAACAAAAUUACAAGCAAUCUAAAAAAAAAUUGAAUGUGGAUUUACAAUUUCAAAGUGUUAUGCUAUUUUCAUUUAUGCAUCCAUAAUAAAGGUUUGUGGGAUAGAUCGCGUUAUUUAUAAAUGUGUCGCAACCCUCCACCACCCGACACGGCCAAUCAGUAAAAAAAUGUAUAACGUUGACAAAAGACAAAUAGUUCACUACUUUAUGCCACCGGUGUGAGAAUCCACAACAUCCAGCAAAAACGUCGUACUAAAUUUUUUUGUCUUUUGUCAACGUUACACGUUUUUUUACCGAUUGGCCAUGUCGGGUGGUGGAGGGUUGCGACACAUUAAUAAAUCACGCGAUCUAACCCACAAAAACCUUUAUUAUGAAUACUAUUGGUUGCAAAAGCCUACGUGUUAAACUUCAUUCAUGCAUAUUGACAGGCUUGAUGCAAGGGUACAAGAUGCAGAAACAUGACGGGCCCGGGCGGUGUUGAACACGGUACAUGUAUAAUUGUUAGGCGUUUCAAAUGGAUGAAACAUGGCCUACACAAGCAGGGCAAACAAUUGGCAUUUUCUUAUCCUGCAGUUGAUCGCAACAUGCAAUAUGUGCACUGGUAAACUCCAAAGUACGUGUAGAGUGGCACUUGCAUUGUCUCAGGGGGAUCCCUGUCCGACUACAGAGGUACUGUGGCCUCCUGUUAUAUCUUGGCUCACCUGUUAAUUCCACAAAGAACUAACAAAAGUCACAUUUAAACUUGGCCAGCUCAAUUUAGACAAGCUAGUGAAGUGAAUUCUCAUCUAGCUUAAAUGUUUUAUUUUAUGUACAAGCAAAUAUUAAUUUACUGGUGCUUCCAUUGAACUCCGAAUCGGCCUCUUACAGUUACGAAUUAGCAAUGUGUGAUUUUUGUUUGUUUGUGAAAUCAUCGAUGCUUGGGCCGAGGUCACAAGAACAUAAUGGGCUCUGUAUCCUGAUAGGGAUGUCUUAAGCCACCUCAGUACCUCUUGCCGCUAAGUGCUUUGGAGUUAACCGACACACAUGCGUGGAUGUUGCGUGUCGCUUUCAACGGCGGUGUAUGGAAAUGCCACUUGUUUUAGCCUGCUUGUGUUGACAACGUUUUGACCAUUUUAAAUGUCAAAGAAAUAUACCCGGUGAUGCACCGUGUUCAACUGUGUGCAGUCCUCUAAAUGUAUUAUUUCUGCAUCUCGUAUGCCUGCAUCAAUAGUUUGAUAUAACAUUGAUAAGAAUAGUUGCUAAGCCACUUUGUAACUAUAAUGUUGAGUCUUUGAAUUUCUCACGGGAGGUUGCUUUUUGAUGGUUUAGAGUUUCUUGACUGACAACAGCUGAGUUAUGUUUGUGGUGGGCUGUGUUAAGUAAUAGUCAUUCUAGCAAAUGUGGUGAUGGAUAUAACCAAUUGGGUGGUAGGUAGGUCAACACAAACAAUUCACGUUUUGGUUCAUGUUUUCUUAAUAUGAAUUCUCGUAUUUUUGUUGACAUGAACCGCACCGUUGAAUAAUGCAGUAAUUACUCAGGAAUUACUCGCUAAUUAGAUUCUUGCUUUUUUACUUUUAAAUGGCAUAAAUCCAGAUAUCCAAACCCCCUGAUUGUCCCCAAUAGCAACUUUGAAUGUUUUUUAAAUGCCCUUAACCUGUUAUACUGUAAUACAACUGCUCAAUUCGCUCAGUUUUACGAAUGCUUAAUUUUAACUAAAAAUAAAGGUUACUUGCUUGCUAAAUUAAGGUAUUGAGUUUUCAAUCGUGGAGAAGUUGCUUAUCUAACCAUGUACAUUGCCCAUUAAAAAAAAAAACAACCUACAUGCAACAUCAUGUGCAGCGUGUACCAUUAAUGCAGCUAUCUCAUUGACCUGCAGAGCACCGAGAGUUUUUGUUCACUUCCAUUUGAAAAUGUGGCCCUGACUGGGCAGUCCUCACGGGGCUGCUAAGGGAGAGAUCCUUUUAUAGCUACUGCUGCUGAAUUUUUUCUAUUUGUACAUUUUGCCCAGCCGCUUGUCCGCCACUGAAUGAAAUGCUGGCAGACAGUAUUAUCCUAAAUGUUUUUUCCCCCCAAGGCAUCCGCUUAGGUUGGAAGGUGGUGUCUCUCCCCCCCCCCCAUCGUCCGUAUUUGCGAGCGGCGCCGAUUGUAAGUUGGGCAGUAGGAUUAAAAUAUUUUGGUUGAAAGAUGCAUUCGGAUCAUUUUGUAAAGUGUUCCGAUCCAUUGACCUGUGGUAACGCUUAAUGAUUUGAAGAUGACGUACAACAUGGAAGUUUUCGUUUUUUCUUCCAAACGUAGAUUAGAGUUAGGGGUAAGCCAUCAACAUUUCCCUUUAUACGGGAUGCUGACGGUUAAAAUGGGUCCUUUGGCUUUAGCUGUCCCAUGCAGAUUGGCUCCAUUGCUCCUCCAUCCCUGCCCCUCUCCCCUCCCGAACUCAUCUGCUGUGUAUACUGUGUGGUAGUGUAGGCUACUGAGUAGAGCUGCUGCAAUCUUUUCAAUUUUGUUUUCAUUUGACCACCUGUGUUGUGUUUUAUACCUUAUAUUUUGUUACUGUCUAUACUUGAAAUAAUUCUUUUUGUACAAAGUGUAGUCUUUAAGAAAUGUUAGUGUACCGAGAUGUUUCUUUAAUUUUUUUUUGAAUAAAGAACGAAAGAUA